GCGGGGCGGGGGAGGGGUCCCGGGAACGAAUUCCGUUUCCUAAGUCGGUGACUUGAGAGCAGAAUGCAUUCAAAUGACCGCGGUCCCUAACCCGGCGAAUUCACGGGUUGACGAAACUGGCCUGGUGCGUUACUAAGAGAGCGAGAGACGAGGCCAGUUUGACGGGAUGGGCUUCAGUUAAAGCUUAAAUGUUGUUAUUUUUUUGGUUAACACCGUCUCAUUUUCUGGACGGGUUGAUUGAAGGCUUCGUUAUUUUUAUUUCUAUCUAGUGGUGAUUAUCAUUUGUUUUAAUCAACCCCCCUAGACAGAGGCGUUAUUCCCUUCGCGAGGUUUUUUUGGUCGAGAGAAGAUUUUUCACCUCCCAAACACAUCAAGAUGUUAUUUAUAUUUCUGUAAAGUAGCGAUUUAAAAAAAAAUAUUCAACCACCCUAGACAGAGGCGUUAUUCCCUUCGCGAGGUUUUUUUUGGUCGAGAGAGGAUUUUUUUCACCUCCCAACAUCAGCCGGAAAACGCCACAGCGCGCCUCCUAGGCCUGAGGAUGCGGGACAUCUGCACUGACUGGGGUGAGGAAUGGAGGAGACACGUGGAUAUACCUCGCAAGGACCGCAUCGAUGUGUCCGCCAUAGACCGCUGCUGCUGUAACCUAGGGGUGUGUUACAGCUUCCAAACACCUACUCAACAGCCUGCUUCGUGAACGUGGGGAGCAGGAGACUAUGCCGCACUGUGUCCGCUGUGCAAUGUGACCGGGCAUGUAGAGAAAACAGGCUGCCCUGCAGAAGCUGUCGCAUCACUACCAUUUUUACGUGGGCGGAUAUCCUCUCAGAGGACAUUUCUUUGUGUUUAAUAGCUCAUCAGCUUCCUCUUGUCUAAAUAAACAUUUUGAUUCUGCAUAAUGGCAUUCGCUCAGUAAAUACGCCCAAGGGUACUGGUUCACCUUCUCACGUGGUCUGCUGGAUGUGACCUUGGAUUCCAUUUUUUUUAUGUCUUAAUUUAUUUACAUAUUCUGAACAUCCAGUGAACAUCAGCCGUCGACCCCUGCUUGCAUGGUAAUGGUGACUCGGGUUGAACUGUGUUGAUGUUUGCAGUGUUAAAUUGUAAAAAAAAAAGUUCAUGGUUACUCGCAUUUAUACAAAUAUAUAAUGUGCAUGUACAUACCAAGAACAGACUGCCAAACUAUCAGCAGAAACUUUCCUAACAACCAACACAGACUCAUCAUAAAAUUUGGCAUUGUCUUCCCGUUCAUCAACUCAGCACCUGAACACUGAUGCAAUAUGCAGAAAGCGGAUUAGCUGAACUAUGCCUAACAGCUCGAUGAUUGCAUCCAGUCCAUAAACCCAAUCCCAGAAAACUCUGAACACUUUGUCUCCACAUUAUUUUUGGCCACUGUGAAGAACAUCUUGCGCAUCCACUUCCUGGUUCAACAGCCAAUCUUAUACCUGCAGUUGAAGAACAGCACCCUUUACCACGAGAGGGGUGAGAUGAAACAGCACAAAGAAUCGGCUACCAUCUGUCACCAAGAACACAUCCCACCAAGUCUUUAAUGCCAUGCUGGGGCCCACAGUCAUCACCAGGAAUAUUGGUGUUAUGAUGACCUAGACAAAGCAGUGGCCCUUAUGAAGUCACUGACCUAUGCCCAGAGGCAACAGUGGUGCGAGACAGAGCAGAAUCUGGAUAUUACACAUUCAGGCCCUCAAGUUUGCAACCUUUUCCACCAACUCUGCUUUGGCAAAGCAUGAAUUCACAGGCCAUACAAAGUCAUUAAACAUGUACAACUCCCACCCAAAGUAAACAUUCUCUCUUCAAAUCUCAAUCAGGAUGGCGUGCGCGGUGGCUGCUCCAGUGCUGGAGCUGAGCGGGGACUUCCCGGCGUGGCUGGAGGCACAAGGCGUGAACCCGGAGGUGGCCAGGGCCAUGGAUUCGGAGCUGGGCAUCCGGGACUACGGGGUCCUGCGCGCCUGCGUCAGGGACGGCCUCGUGCGGGCCGAGCUGCUGUCCACGGCGCGCGACCGCCUGCCCUUCGGCUUCUACGCCGUGCUGCGGCAGGUGGUGAAGGCCCUGCAGAGCGCCGAACCCCACGACGCUGGGACGCCGCUCUGGGACGCUGCUGCUGCCUCUCCUGGCAACGUGACGCUGGGAGGCCUGGUGGACGUGCUGCUCGCGCUGUUCAGCGGCUUGAGCCGGGAGCUGCUGAUGUCCGUGCAGAGGUUGGAUGACAUGGACAAUCAUAAAUAUGUAGUGGCUUCUGCUUCAUCAACAGGUUCAGUGAAUUCUGUUGGCAUGGAAGAGGAAAUGCAUCCAUGUGAAGACAAUGCAAAAGGAGAAAAGAAGUCGACCACAGUCACAAAUGACUCCAAACCAAACUCGAUGGGGAAACUUAUUAAAAGCGAGCCCCGUGAAGGUGAUCAUCUCUUGGGCUUCCACCCACAUAUCGUCCAAAAUAAUACCACACUUCCUGAAUCAGGAGCAAACCUCGCAUGUGCAGCUAGUGAUGAACCGCACGUCUUACCACGAGCGCUGUUGAAAGAAGCACAGCAAGAAGAAUCGGCUGCCACCUCUGUCACCAAGAACACAUCUCCCCAGCAACUGGAGAUCCGAAAAAUAAGGAACGUCAUGACAAACCAGAAGCAACCGCCCACUGUGAGUGAAACUGAGUCCCACGAGUUUGAACUUAAAGCCGAUCCUGUACGAAACCCUCAGGCUGAAAGUUCUGGAGUGAAGCCGUAUUGGUGCGAGGUGUGCAAGAGUAACUUUUCGUCACCUAGCGAAUUGGAGGGCCACCUGUGCAGGCACACAGGCAAGAAGGUGCACCGUUGCGAGGUGUGCGGGCGCGUCUUCUUGCAGGCCACUGGUCUAACGAUCCACCUGCGCACGCACACGGGCAAGGCGCCGUACACCUGUGAGGUGUGUGGUGAUGGCUUUUGGCAGUCUAGCGACUUGAAGAUCCACUUGUGCAAACACACGGGUGAGAAGCCAUACCAGUGCGAGGUGUGCGGGCGCGGCUUUUACCGGGUGUUUGAGCGGAAGGUCCACAUGCGCACACACACGGGGGAGAAGCCGCAUAUUUGCCAGGUUUGUGGACAUAGAUUUUUACGUUCCAGCGAGUUGAGAAUCCACACACGCAUUCAUACCGGCGAGAAGCCUUACGUCUGCAAAGUGUGCGGGCACGAAUUCUCGAUCUCCAAUGACCUGAAGAAGCACCUGCGGACCCACACGGGCGAGAAGCCGUACUCUUGCUCGGUGUGCGGGCAGUGCUUCGCUCAGCGCUCACAUGUGAAGAGUCACGAGCGAUCAAAGCAUUGCUUAGGGGAAUCUCAAAAAGAUGAUUGAGAGGUGUCCCACCCACGUGGAUUAUCUCAAGUGUAUGACAUUUAUCCAAGACCAAUUUAAGGUAAUAAAAAAAUAAAUAAAGGCUUGCAUAGGCUUCCAUAAUAAAAACACAACUGAUUAAAUACAAAUGUAAAGAUAAGAUUUUCCGUUGUGAUUUUUUGUCGCCUCUUGGUUUUUGGUGUUCAAAUUUGAUUUUUUAAAUGUAUAUGGUGAUAUCUUGAUUUGAAGCUUUCGUGACUGCAGGAAUCCAUACUCUUUGGUUCUUUUGGUAAAGUCACGUAGGUAUAAAAUACAAUAUGGUGAUGUCCAUUGGUGAAGUUAAGAAUGAGACUUGAUUCUGAUGGACAAACCACAGGUUACCAAAGAAAUGAUUUUUCCUUGACAAAUCGACAAUUGAAAGUGUGGUGGUGAAGUUAAUGUGAAAAAAGCAAACAGAAGAAAUUGUCUGAAACCACAAAAUACAUGUCAGGGGAGAGGAGAAAUAUAAAAAGGGACGAAAAAUCCAAGCUGAAAAUGUAAUCUCAGACCU